CGUUCGGUGCGUUUGGUUCAGCUGAGCACUGGGAAAUUAAAACAAGCUGGAAUCACGACGUAGUGAACGAGUCGCGCGCGGUCCCUCGCAGUUUUACAUACCUGUUCUUCAUACAACACUGCACUCAAAGGUGUAAGAAAUUCAUUGCAGAAUUCAGUAUCCUGUUAUAGCAGUGGAGCAGUGGAGCAGAUACACAGGUUGAAUGUUCCGCAAAUCACCGGUGGUGGUGAAGCAGGGUAGGCUGUUACAAUAGCAGCAACAGGAUUCAACCAGAGCCUAGAGCUGCUUGCCACAGUAACCAGUGAUAUUUGGUGGAAAAUUCUUACAUGGUCCUCGAUCGAUACGGUUUGUGUUUCUAGACCGGAGUGACGUGAAGGAGAGAGGAAAAGCUUUCGGUGGAGGUUUUGUAACGUCGUUGUUAUUAUUUUUUAAUUUGCAUAAAUUAAAAGAACCGAGCAGAAAUGAUAAAAGUGUAACGGUUUAUGGGCACGGCUCACGAAACAACAGGACUAACCAAAGUGGAAGUUUUUACCGGUCCUGCACGGCCUUCAACAUUCAAGUGGAUUUACUGUAAGUCUGUUCUCGUGCUCGGUAGUGAUUCACGUCUCGGGAACCUUUUUAGCGUUGUUCUUUCAACAAUCAAUGCUCGAACAUCUGGCGGUGAAAUAUAACGUUCCGGUGCGUUCGGUAGCAGUGCGUAGUGGAAAAUUUUGCGUGGCAUGACAAUCGGGAAAAGUGGUGAUAAAAUUUGCUUGAAACAAAAGUUUCAUCGCGGUGACGGUUGCCGGGCGGAGCAGAAAGAAAACCGCUGCCAGGGCGAAGCCAGGUUGGCAAUCAGCAGCAGACAACAGGGCUCGAGCGUUAUUUAUGUUAAUUUACAUCGCAAACCUCCCCAUUUGUAAUUAUCCAAACGCUGAGAGGUAAACCACUUCAGAUUUCGAGUGUACUAAUGUGUGUUGGGCCAGUGUCAUUGCUAAUGUUUGUACCAUAGUUCCGGGACCAACAGGCCUCAUCGUCGGUGUUUAAUAUCAAUUAUAGUGCUGCCAUCGAAUUAAUUAUAUCAGCGGUGACACACAAAGUGCCCCCGAGGUCGCAUUCUGAGCCUCCUGGCGGUGACCGGAAUCCAUGCAGUUUGGCCAUGAAUAAAUCAUCCGGUGUACACAGCUAAGCGAGGCUCGUAAGGAAUUUUAUUAAUUGGACCUAGUGCGGUACAAUGCAGUGCGGUGACCAGCUUCUGCUUCGGGACCGGGUGCGAUAAAUUGAUUCUAGCUCGUAAUCCGAGUGAGAAUGCCGUGUGUGCUUAAUUAUUAUUAGAUCACGAGAAGCUGCGGUUGACCACAAAAUCAGUGACCACAUAACGCGAUUCAGAAUUCGAAAUCCUUGGCAAUAGUUCACUAGACCGGAACGGAAUUCCUCUCAAGUAGAUGUGUGCACCAGAUCGAGAGAUUUUUCGAGUGCUACACCGUUGAGAUGCACCAAAUCCCCGAUCCGAUCAGUCCCGUGUUCUGGAAUCACUCAAGUGCUGCCCAGGCCUAGAAAGUUUCAUACAUGCGUUCGUUCGUUCGAGUGUGGGUGUGCGUUGCCAUAUCAAUCAGAGCAGUGUGGUGGCGUAAAAAUUGCCCGAUGAGCCGGGAAGGAAUGCUCCAGUGAUAAGAUUAUCUACUUACAAGAUAUCAUUUUCGAAAUUCGACCAUCAUUACCAGUGCUAAAGUGAUUGAGUGUGGUGAAGAUUUGAUUUAGCGAUACGGUGUUAUUGAUAAGAGGUCUGAUGUGUUAUUGAUUGAUUUGGUUCGGUUUUUGUGUCUGCCUGGAAGACCUGUCCAACAAGGUGCACACGGAAAAGUGAAAGAAAAAAAAAUCCGGUCGCGCAUAUCAAAUCACAAGGUAAAUCAUCUUUCGUGGCCCACGAGCAGCAAGCAGUCUUUCUACCUUUUUCCGGUACCGUGGCUAGCCGAAGGAAGAAACAUGCCAAACGACGGUGAACCGCACAGCGUUUAAUACCGAACAGAAAAUCAUAUUGACGACGACAAACCGCCGACCGCCUCGAGCGCAACCAGCAGCACAACACACACGAGGUCACCGUGGUCACGAAUUGGACCACUGUCGGAAGUGUUGGAUCAGUAAGUGCAAAUUAGGUUGUUGUCGCCGAGUGAGCUCAACACACAGGACACAGGUUUUGACGAAGAAAAUGGCAGUCAUUCGGUCGCCGGAAGUGCUUGUCAACGCCGUCACCUGGUGGAACAAAUUCGUGCUAGUGCUCAUCUUCCUGGAAGUGUUUCUCCACGUAGAGACGCUCGAUUUGGAGAAAUGCAAAAAUCCAUUAGGGAUGGAAUCCGGAGCUAUCAACGAUUCGCAGAUAACAGCCAGUUCAGCCCACGACAUCGGCAACGUGGGACCCCAGCAUGCCAGAUUGAAAGUAGACAACAAUGGAGGCGCUUGGUGUCCGAAGCACAUGGUGUCGCGUAACCUGAAAGAGUACCUGCAGAUCGAUCUACAGAAAAUGCACGUGGUCACGGCCAUCAAGACGCAGGGCCGCUUCGGCAAGGGCCAAGGCCGGGAAUAUACCGAGGCGUACGUGCUCGAGUACUGGCGGCCCGGAUUUAGCAAGUGGAAGCGAUGGAAGAACACCCGGGAUAACGAGAUUCUAUUGGGCAACACAAACACAUACAGUGAAGUGGAGAAUGUUCUGCAGCCAAUUAUCUAUGCUUCGAAAAUACGCAUCUAUCCGUACAGUCAGUAUGACCGAACGGUUUGCCUCCGAGCGGAAAUAAUCGGAUGCGAAUGGGACGAAGGAUUAGUUUCCUACAGCAUCCCCAAGGGCGUGAUCCGUGGGAUGGAGGUCGACCUUUCGGAUCGAACGUACGACGGCGAGGAAGAGGGCGAUCGGCUAGUCGGUGGCCUCGGUCAGCUUGUAGACGGCCAGAAGGGAGCCGAUAACUUUCGCAUCGACAUUCACGGUUUCGGGAAGGGUUACGACUGGGUCGGCUGGCGCAAUGAUUCACUCGGCUGGGCCGGAAAGCCGGUUGAGAUGGUGUUCGAGUUCGACACGGUGAGGAACUUUAGCGCCAUGGUACUGCACACCAACAACAUGUUCAGCAAGGACGUACAGGUCUUUCUCCAUGCGAAAGUUUUCUUCAGCAUCGGCGGUCAGCACUUCGGCGGUGAACCGGUGCACUUCUCGUACAUGCCGGAUACGAUAAUGGAGGGUGCUCGUGAUGUCACGAUCAAGUUGCACCACCGCAUCGGACGGUUCAUCCAGAUUCACCUCUACUUUGCCAUGCGGUGGAUUAUGCUCAGCGAAAUAUCGUUCAUUUCCAGUACCGUAAUUGGCAAUUUCUCCGACGAAGAAGUGAGCGGAAAUUCAAUUUCACAGGAAAAUUCGAUCGAAUACCCACUGCAGCGAGACGAAGUGCAAACGACAAACAAGGGCGAACGGAAUCACGUGACGCAAAUUAUCUCGCCAAAACCGAUCGACCAGGAGCCGGAGCCGCACUUUGUCGGCGUCAUCAUCGCGGUGCUGACCACCAUCAUCCUGCUGCUGAUCGUCGUCAUCUUGUUCAUCGUUGCAAAGAACAAACGCACCCGAACGGCGGCUGUUCUCGACGCGCUGCAGCAUAAUUUGCAUACCGACAGCCUGGGGAUUGAUAAACGACUGAACAGUAAUUUCAAGGUGUCGAUUGACGACAACGAAUCGAUUGACAAGAGCAGUUUGUACCACGAACCGUUCAAUGUCAACAUGUACACUAGCGCCGCCAGCGGGUGCUCCAUGAACGACAUGCAGCGACAUCACAUCACUCCUGAUUAUACAGAUGUUCCCGAUAUCGUGUGCCAGGAGUAUGCGGUGCCCCAUAUGCAGGACCUAAUACCGAAGAUUCCCGGCGGCUACGUAAGCGUCCGGCUGACACCACCAACAUUGAACAAUAUCUUCCCGAAACCACCGCCAGUGCCCCCACCGCCGGAGAAGUAUUACGCGGCCACGGCCAUCUGCAAAUCAUCGACCGCUCCCACUACUCCCUCCAGUACCGGCAAUCACCAACAGCAGCAACAGCAACUAAACGCUUACAGCGAUCUGGAUCACGGUGUCUCGGACGAUGAUUUACAGCUCAGCGAGUAUCCCCGGGAUAAGCUUGUGAUAGUGGAGAAACUCGGCUGCGGCGUGUUUGGCGAGCUUCAUCUCUGCGAAACCAAAGGAUACAGCUCCAGUCUGGUUGCAGUGUCCACGUUACGUCCCGGAGCGUCCGAGCACGUGAAGAAGGAGUUCCGAGCGAAAGCCAAGCAACUGAGCCGGCUCAACGAUCAGAACAUUGUGAAACUGAUCGGUGCCUGCCUGAAGGACGAGCCGAUUUGUAUCGUUUUAGACUACAAAUACAGCACGGACCUGAACCAAUUCCUGCAGGAGCACACGGCCGAAACUGGUUCCCUGGUGCAGCAUAAUUCGUUAAGCUACGGAUGUUUAAUUUACAUCGCAACACAAAUAGCCUCCGGUAUGAAGUAUCUAGAGCAAAUGGAUGUAGUGCAUCGUGAUUUAGCAGCUAGGAGUUGUUUAGUAGGACCACAACUGGAGAUAAAAAUCUGUACACUAGGAACUGUGAUAAACCGCAUUGCAUAUCCCGCAGACUACUGUCACCUGGAGGGAGCUGGAAGACAAUCACAACCGAUGCCAAUCCGGUGGAUGGCAUGGGAGAGCGUACUGAUGGGCAAGUUUACAUCCAAGUCUGACGUGUGGGCGUUCGCCGUGACGCUGUGGGAAAUCCUCACGUUUGCCCGGGAGCAACCCUUCGAGAACCUGAGCGACGAGAAGCUGAUCGAGAAUAUUGGACACACGUACCAGGACAACAAGAAACACAUCCUGCUACCCAUUCCGGUUGGCUGCCCACGCGAAAUCUACGACCUGAUGUGCGAAUGCUGGCAGCGCAACGAGAACAGUCGGCCCAACUUCCGGGAAAUUCACCUAUUUCUGCAGCGGAAAAACCUCGGGUACAAACCAACUGCUUCUUUUUAGAACCAAAAAAAAAACAAUCUUGCACUAGCAACUUCAUCACACCAUCAUCUUUUGUGUUAUGGCAUCCGUGUAUUGUAGUAGCCGUGCGUUUAACUAAUUUUGUAUCGUUUGAUUAUCGUAUGCCAAAUAUGAUUUCCUAAAGGUAAUUAUUUUCUUUGACAUGUUUUGAUUAGUUCAGCCUAUUCGUGGAUGUAUUACUUUCCGUCAAAUUUUGUUUCCGUUCUGGUUCGGUUCGGUAAUAUUAUAUUCUGUAGCGUUUGAUGUGUAGAGUUGCGAUUCAACAGACCAAACUAACUUCGCCUUAACAAUUCUCUCCGACUUUUAUAGUGAAUACUUUCAUCACAUCUAAAUUGAAACGAAUUACAGCAAGCUAGCGGAAAAAGUACGAAUUUAAGAAACUCAAUAAAUUGUUAUAGCACUCAAGCAAACGAACACAAAACAAAACUAGGACAAUGCAGCGGUAUAAAUCCGAACAGGAUGCAGACGAGAAAAUGGCAAGUGUAAACGACGCGGCCCCCUUAGAUAAUGCUCUAAAUGCAUGCAUGGAACAAUCAAGAUGACGAGAGACUUUGAAGGAACAUAAUCCUACUAUUGAAUUCAUUGAAAAUGCGAGACGAACAACAACAUAAGUAAAGUUUAUGCACAUACAACGUAAUUGUGAUCCCUGAUUAUAUAGGUGUAAAAAGUAAAUUUAAUUACGAGCGAGUGUUGAAACGCGAAUUUGUCAACUUACUAGUUAUAAUUGGAAUGCACACGUAAAGCUCACAUACACGAAAGAACAAAAAAACAUACACACACUUUUAGACAGUACGUUAACACAGGAACCACUUCAACACUCGAUGACGAUAAAUGUUUGCCAGUUUUACGAGUCAUCAAUUAAUCGAAAAAUCGGCAACUAGUGCUAAUCAUUUAAUUAUUCAACAUCAAGGUGUUUAAUUUUAACGAAUGAAAAAUGAUUGCGGUUGGCAUGUUGAAACCAUGAUAUAAUUUCUAUCAUUUUCCUAGUUACACAGUCGUUAUCCCGUAGGCGGUUUUUCCAUUGCUUGUCAACUUGCGUGUGUGCAUAUUGAAAUCAAUAAAUAGCUGUGCCAUUCGGUUUUAGCAAUAAUUGAAACCAUUUAGUUAUGAACAAAAAUGUAUUAAAAUGUGUUGAAUUUAAUUUCAUUUCGAUAAAAAUUAAAUAUAAUGAUUGAAGUGAACAGAGAGAACAAGAGCUGGAAGCCACCUCCAAUCAGCGGCAGCACAUUUGAACACACGCAGGAUAAAGGCGAAAAAGGCAGUGCAGCGGAAGAGGAGGGGCGUACCAGUAUGCCAUAUUCAUGAAUAUACAUUUUUAAUAAUUAACAUGAGCGCACUCUCCGGAUAGCAGUUCGUAAGUAGGCAAAAAAUCUGAUUACCUCGUAUUUUCCUCCAAUUCAUAAAUUAAAGGUCGGGCUUAAUUUAAAUUAUCGCAUGUUUUCGAUAUAAAUCUCAUUUUUUCAAUUUAUUAUUUCGCCACCAGAAACAAACAACCAUACCCCAUCGUUUACACGCUACAGAACACACAUGCAGGCAAAAAUGUAUCAAAAGCGAACAGGCCUAGGAUUUUCCACCCGGAACAAACUAAUAAAACCCAAAUUCAAUGAAUCUGCUCGCUUCCGAUACAAUGUUCAGAGGAAAGAAUAAAAGAAUUCCGACAAAAGCGAAUCAAGCAUAGUUUAAUCUUCUGCUAUUCCAAUUCGUACUAAAAACGCUAGAAUUUCAAGCCACACAAUCGUUGAAUAAUUACUUGAUUACCGAUGCGGCACUAAUCGGUAGAAAUGAAUGCAAUAUUUUCGGUAGCACCGGCGAAAACAAAAACCUUUAUCACACGAAAUGCUUUCCGGUCCGGCUAACUAAGGCAGACUGUUGUAUAAACUAUAUUUUUUAUUAGGUAGCAAUUCCCUUCGAAUAUUAGCACGUUUAGUUUCCACCUCCGAAAGCCGAGCGGACAGUACCGCCGAGCAAAUUGAAUAAUAAAACCACUAAAAACGGCUCACUCGGAUUGGUGUAGGUUUCAAUACGCAGGUCCUCUCCGCAGAGAUAAUAUGCUAGAUGUAGACAAAAAUAUAUAACGGAAUGCAAAAUUUUAAUGAAAACAAAAAAAAAUGAAACGAAACAAAAGGUAUUAUGUAUUAUAUAGGACGUAUUUAUACUUUAAUCAAUAAGUAGACUGUAUAAUAUAGUUUUGUAUUCUUUUCUCUGUACAGUUAAAAAAUAAAGCAAACGUAGUAAAACCUGUAGCGGUAGAAUAACCUGGUACUGAAAAGGACAGCAAAUAUCAUUUUAAACAGUAACUAUAUUGCUAAGAAGUAAUUCUUUUUUAAAAACAAAAAAAACACUGACAAAGAAAAUGGAUCAAUAAAAAGAAUACGAGAUGUGAAUGCAUUUAUCAUUCGUACGAAUGACUAUUGUACUACUAAAA